GCGCGAGCCUGCCUCAGCUACGACUUGCAAACGGCCGUUCGAGCCAGUCUGACCGAGGCAGAAGAAAAAGCAGGAACCACAACUAUUCCGAGUCUUUGCAAUGUUCCCGACGAUAUUCCGUCUUCUUUGAUCCAUCGACGCUGCCGUGUCCGUGGACUUCAGAGAGCGGAGCUGAAAUUAAUGCAUCCAGCCUCGAGUCCCUGUCGGUUCUGACCCGUGUAGCUCGAAGGGAAUCCUGCUCGAGGGAUUCGCAUUUCGUCAAUGAGGAACUACCGGCUCAUCUUCUGCCACAACCUGAAGCAGCCAUAGAUGGUUGAGAGGUUUACCGGCCAGAGGAGGAGAGGAUAGGACACACUUUCACUGCUACACGACGUUCGGUUUCGGCGGGGCUGUGGUGAGGAGGAGUCGGCGGAGGUGGAGGAGGCCAUGAGGAAGAGCGUGUCUCCGUUGCCAGGCAACGAGAGUGGGAGCUCGGCCCGCACCACUCUGGUUUUUGGCGUUCCUCUGGAGGAGGUGUCCCUCACACACACGGCUGGCGGCCACGAGGUUCCUGCGCUGGUGAAGCAUGUGGUGGACUUCAUCGAAGAGCACGGUCGUUUGGACCUCGAGGGGCUCUUCCUGGUUAAUGGUAACGCAGAGCGAGUGGACUGGCUGCGUCAGCGUUAUGACAGCGGCGAGGAGGUGGAGCUGGAGAAGGAGGCCGACCUGGCGUCAGCGGUCAGUUUGCUGCGACUCUUUCUUCAGGAGCUUCCAGACCCCGUCAUCCCGACGGAUGUCCAAGGACACAUAAUCCAGCUACACCAAGAUCACAGCAGUGAGGACGAGCUGUGCAGGAACCUGAAGUAUGUCCUGCAGCAGCUUCCCCAGCUCAACUACGCUCUGUUGCGUUUCCUGUGCCGCUUCCUGUCCAACGUGGCAUCACUUCAGCCGGAGAGCUGGAACGUUGCGGCGCUGGCUGCUGUCUUCGGACCAGAUAUUUUCCACCUGUCAGCUGAAAGAGGAGACAUCCGAGACCAGGAGUCGGUCAGCAGAGUCCUGGCAGAGCUGCUGGACAAUCAGGAGGGCCUGUUUGACUCGGAGGAUGAAGACGUGUCCACCACUAACGACUACAGCUCCAUCAAUGAACAGAUCACAGAGAUGCUGGACGAUGAGAAAUGUGAGGCAGAAUGUGAAGAGCUGCCUCAGGACGGGGAUGAAGAACCGGCAACCUCCGAUUCACCUGAACGCAUCGUGGAUGACAGCCCUGACACCAGUUCCCACAUCUCCCCUAUUUCCAUCCUGCCUGCUGACUCUGCCGAGCUCAUCCAGAGGAGCAUCAGGGCUGCAGUGGAGCAGCACUUCUAUGAGCUGAAGACCUCCAUCAACCAGGAUCUCAGCAGCUAUGACAGCCGAAGGGUGAGUCCAUCUGGGGCUGACGAGCCGGGUUGCCAUGGAGACGUGGAGACGCAAACUGAACCUGAAGACAGUCCCUGCAAUACAAAAAGGGAGUCCCCUCCUGAACGGACUGAGCAGGACUUGCAGCAGAGUCAGCCAAACCCACAGAGUUUCCUGGACCCCGGCGUCACCCUGGAGGACAGCUCAGGAAUGGACCUGGAUGCUGAGACCAAACUGAACGUUGCCAGGCAGGACAAUCAGGACACCAUGGAGCAGACGCUCACCAUAAACUGUCUUCAGGACUCGGAUCCAUUCUGCUGUGAUCACAACGCCAAUGCCAGCCAGGCCAACAGGAAGCACCUGUCGCCAUGCCAACCAAGCUCUGGCCACACCCCCCACCUCCAGCUUUUCCCUGACAGCCAGUGGGAAGCGCCACCCCCUUCCCAUCUCCACCUCCCCUCCAUCGACUUCUCAUGUAUGCAUCUGCAGAAAGAAGGUCAGGAUCCUGUUCCAGCUUUCAAAUCGUGGCGGGACGACAGCGAGAGCGGCGAGGCCCAGCUCUCCCCACUCGCUGGUCGGAUGGUUCCUCUCCCCCUGCUGCCCCUGGAGGACGACGGUGAGGAGGACGUCAGGGAGGGGGGGCAGGUUGACUCCCCUUCCUCCUCACGCACUCAUCCUCACAUCCUGGCACGGCGCUUCCUGGACUUUGGAGCGCACAGCACCCAGCGUUUCCUGCAGCAGGACCCAGACACCUCCUCUCCCACUAAAGCACCGAGGCCGAGGAGAGCCUCGUUUGGCUCAAGAGAGGCCAUGAAAGGAGACUCAGUCGCCCAUCAGCUCACCAAGAAGCUCCAGCAUCUGAAGAAGAAGAUCAAACAGUUUGAGGAGCAGUUUGAGAAGGAGAGGAACUACAAGCCCUCUCAUGCAGACAAGGCGGCUAACCCCAAAGUCCUCAGAUGGAUGACGGACCUGACGAAGCUCCGCAGGCAGAUCAAAGGACGCCAGCACCAGCUUUUACCCAGAGGCACGCUGAGGCACCAGGCUUUGCUCCAUUCACACAGAUGCCACCCUGCUCCCUCCCCCUCCUCCUCCUCUGUCUGCUCACCCCCUCAUCACACCCCCACCCACCCGCUCCACCCCUCAGGCCUGAGCUCUAGACCGUUUGACCUCAAUGCCAAACAUGGUGCGGACAGCGAGCUCGGCCCGCAGACCCGGCCCCGGAGCAACACUCUGCCCAAAAGCUUCGGGUCCACGUUGGAUCACGGCUCCCACGAUGCCGAGCUCAAAGGUCCCCGUCCCACCAGGGAGGAGACGCUGGAGCUCAUUGAGCAGAGGGUCCAAGGGAAGAGACGGGAGGACGGCUGGCCCGAUGACGUCAAGAAGAUGACCAAAGAGCAGCUGUCCUGUGAGAAGACGGUCCUCCAGAAGAACCUGCUGCACUACGAAGGCCUGCACGGCCGACCCGUGACCCGGGAGGAGCGUCUGGGGGUGAAGCCGCUCUACGAUCGCUACCGGCUGGUGAAGCAGGCGCUCACCAGAGUCUGCAUCACGCCCGUCACCGUGUCCCCUUCCAGUAAGAGGCGGAGCCAAACCCUGCAGCCAAUCAUCGAGGGUGAAACCGCUCACUUCUGGGAGGAGAUCAAAGAAGAGGAGGAGGAAGAGGAGGAGAAGGAGCGGAAGGGUGGAGAAGAGGAGGAACGAGACGAAGAGAGGGAUGAGGAGGAAGAAGAGGAGGAAGAGGGAGAGAGCAGCGGCGGAGAGAUGCAGAUCUCUGAGGUCAUCAUGGCCUUCGAUGCCGUGACCCCGACGGGCGGCUCGGCGAGGAACCGACCUGACGAGAGGAGCAAGAUGGAGGAGGGCUCAGGGAGGCUGGCUCUGGACCUGCGCCUGUCCAGCUCCAACGCAUCGUCCAUGCCAGAGCUGCUGGAGCAGCUGUGGAAGACCAGAACAGAGAAGAAGAAACUGAGGAAGACCAUCCGGGCGUUCGAGGAAGAUUUUUAUCAGCAUAAUGGAAGGAACGUUCAGAAGGAGGACCGGGUGCCGAUGCUCGAGGAGUACAGGGAGUACAAGAGGAUCAAGGCCAAGCUGCGCCUCCUGGAGGUCCUCAUCAGCAAACAGGACUCCUCCAAGUCCAUCUAGCUGCUCUUCAGCCCCGCUGCGAGCCCAACGUUUGACCCCCCCCCCCCACCUCCUGCCCUGACGCCUCCAGUGGAACUUUGGUUUUUACCCACAGUCUGUUUUAAAACGUAUUUCAGAGCAGUUGGAGCCUCGGCCUUCACGUGUCGUCGCGUGUCACAGCUGGAUGUUUCCGUGGGAACCACAGUUUGAUUGUGGACUUUUUUACCGAGGCGUGUCACCGAACAGGACCGGAUCUGACGUUUGGGUCGUUCCUGCUUGGUGGAAAGUGGAAACUUCUCUUCACGAACGGUGAAGUCCUCAGAACACGUGAGCCUAAAAAAAGUCCACAUGGGUUCUGUUUCUGCAUCUUUAAAGCCCAACAAGUCCGAUCGGGUCCGGCAGGAACCGGUGAGGUCACGGACCGUUUCACCUGCCAGCACUGAUUUAACCAUGGGGGGAGGGGCCACGAUGCAUUCACCUGACUUCCUGUGGCUCAUCCAGCAGCUUCUCUGUUUUAUGAGUUUUUGAACUGGACCGGGCGUGUCUGAGGGACGUCCUGCUCACAGCGUGACGUCGAGGUUGAUGCUUCUGCAGAAGCUCUGAACGAGGAUCUUCUGAAAGGAGGAGCAGCUGCUCUAGGCUGUAAAGUUUGAUGUAAAAAUGUUCUUUGCACAGCGUUCACAGAAUGCAGCCCUUCUGUUUCCCUCCUUUGUUUUGUAGAAAUAAGCACUACUUCUAUACAAAUAUAAAUAUCCUGUGUGUGUAUAAAUGAAUGUGACUUGUUGGAGUUAUUUCACUCUUCAGUGUGAGAACAUUGUUUGGACUGUAAGACGAGCUCGUGUAGAAGCAUCUGAAGACGUCGGGUCCAGCGCGGCCACGACGAGCAGCAAUAACAACAGCUAGUUCUCUCUGCUGGAAACCGAAGUGUUGUGAAAACAUGAAGAGUCCAGGUUUUUUAGAAGUGGAAGAGUUUGUUGCUCGUCUUUGACGUCUCACUCGUUUGGCGGAGUGUGUUUCUGUCCGGCCUCGGCAGAGCGGUGAGUCCUCGCUGUACACGCUUUUAGUUUUGAUCCGUCCACGCUGCUCCCGGACUGGAGUCGUCCUCAGAGCAGCUCCUGGAAAACAAACGUUGGAUCGGUUUUUAAAUCAACCAAAACACGGAGGAACAAAAACUAAGACGUGCACACAUCAGCAGUUUGUUAAAUAAAACGUGCACGAUGUUCUGGUCGGCUGCGUCCUGCGCUCGGCUUCCUUUCAACCCGUCCAGUAUUUUGUUCAUGUUUGAUCACUUUGGGCUUUCUGUUGUUUUUCCACUAACAAAAGAAGAAAAAUCAAAAACAUUUACACAAAAUAAAAUUGACACGCUU